AUGGCGGAGCUCACGUCGAUGAAGCUCAAUGCAGAGUCACAUUUGCUGCUCCCCCUGCUCCGCAUGCCCUACGAGCUCUCGCGGCGCAACUUCAAAAACGCCCAGCGCGUGAUCGAACACUCGUCUGCCAACAUGACCACCUCGCUCGCCGCUGCCACCAAAGCAGCCUCGAAAUCCGCCUCACCCGACGCCACGCUCGAUUCGCUGGAUGCCAUGAUCAGCAAGAUGCAGGUCCUGAAGCGGAAACUAGAGGGUUUGCACGAGGAGGAGACGCGCAUACAUAAAAGCGCCAAGGCACGGUUACGGCAUCUCCAAGACCUGUACGAUGUGAACAGCUUGGUGGACGUCAAAUACGAUGAGUGGUCGCGAACGAGGCUGUCAAGAUUGCUUGUCGACUAUCUCCUGCGCGAAGGCUACUCCGAGUCGGCGGCGCAUCUUGCUCAGAGCAAGGAGAUUGAGGACCUCGUGGACGUGGAUGCCUUUAUCGCAUGCCACAAGAUUGAGCGGAGCUUACGGGAGGGCAUGAGUACCAGCCUCGCAUUGGACUGGUGCAAGGAGCACAGCAAGGAGCUGAAGAAGGGGGGCAGUAUGCUGGAGUUCGAGCUCAGAUUGCAACAGUACAUUGAGCUGGUCAGGCAGGGUCACGAGGCAGGCUUGAGUGAUAUGGACGGCAUAGAGGGUCAUGGCAUGAAUGGAGUGAGUCUCGGCACAGGCGGCGGCGAGACCAAACUCGUCGAGGCAAGAGUGCAUGCGAAGAAGUACUUGAGCACGAGUGGGGACUUUGAGCUCCUCCGUAAAGCUGCUGGAUUGCUUGCCUACAAGCCUUGGGAUGACGUAGAGCCAUAUGUGUCGCUCUACUCUCCAUCACGGUGGGCUCAUCUAGCGAACCUCUUCCUCUCGACGCACCACAACCUCUACUCGCUCCCGCCCCGACCGCUCCUUCACAUCGCGCUUUCUGCGGGGCUCUCUGCCCUGAAAACUCCAGCGUGCCACUCCGCGUAUACAUCGUCAUCGGCCAAUGCGUCAUCGGCCACCACAUCCGUGUGCCCCAUCUGCAGCACCGAGCUCAACGAGCUUGCGCGCAACGUCCCCUAUGCGCACCACACCAAGAGCAUCGUGAAGAACGACCCAGUGGUGCUCCCCAACGGAAGGAUAUAUGGCCGCGAUCAACUGACGGCGUUCAACAAGAAAGUCGGAACCGAGAGCGGGUGGGUCAGGGAUCCAGUUGAUGGUAUCAAGGGAGAGGCUUGGAGCGAAAGCGAGGUGCGCAAAGUGUACAUCAUGUGA